AUGUCUGCGGUCGCCCUUGCUGCGAAAACGGAUUCGCAAUUAUAUCGAGAAGUCAUGGGUAUCCCAGUCUGCACUAAAGAAGGGGAUGAUUACAGAGACCUGGAUCCAAUUGACCCUGCGCUGGCCACUGUCGACUCGGAGCUGUUGACCCUCAUUGAACAGUUCAAGACGCAUUGCGAUUACAAAAUUUACGUCGAUCGAUCGUACCCUCGUGCUACAGGUUCCGUUCAAAAGCCUAAAUAUGGAUGUACAUGGUAUAAUCCUGAGGGUAAAACGAUAAAGAUAGCAUUACAGGGGCACAUGGUUACGGAUCUAGGUGCGGCCUACUUGAGGAGAGAAGAUCUUCCGGAAACCUGGAGCGCUCACGUAUUCUAUAUGGCUGUUGUCAUAAUCCAUGGACUUGCUCACGCCUUACGUUUCUUCACUGGACGUAAUUUGCCGACCCCUCCAAAGAUAAGCGGAGGCGUAACUACUCAAAUACCCCAUCCGAAUAGUAGUUUACCUUACCUUCAUGGUGAGGGUGGGGCUUAUCUAGAACGCUUCUUAUUUGGUGGUAAGAUGAAUGCGAUCAUGAUGCCUGAAGAUGAUGAAGAUCUGGCUUUUUCUGGGCAAUAUGCUGGUCUCAUAGCAUCGCCAGCGAACGACUCGACAGAGUCAUGGUGGCUGUCCAUGGAUAUGAUUAUGCAGAUUGUCGAAGGUCAAUCGGGCUGGGAUCGUUGCAUACCUCUCCGUAGAGAUUUGUUCCAUCAACCCACCAUAUGGGGCCCAAUGCAGAACAAAGCCCGAGCCAAUUCUUCCGAACAGGCCACCUUGCAGCCUGAGACUGAGGCUGAGCACGGUUCAGUUGAUUACUGGGAAGGACGAAAACGUCUCGAUCUUAGCUGUGGCGGUGCCAAGAUAAUCGCUAAACCUGGGUUUCCAGACUCUUUGGUGUUGCCACGCAACAGGAAAUUUCGACCAGGCAUCGAUCAUUAUUCCGUAUGUGCAGAUAAACAGAAUUGGAAUCAUGCUAACGGAGGUGAAGGUGGAGUAUGUACCCACUGGCCAGGUCCUGCUACAUUGUAUUGGUGGAUCAACAGGAAGAUCAAUUGGGAUGAUUGGGUGAUCACCAAUUAA